AUGGACAUGCCCAUUUAUUGUUCGAUCAGUUUUUCCUCAUGGGGCCAUAAGAUUGAGGAUCCAAAGAAUGAUACUACUUUCAAGGUUAAUGGACAAAGGCUGAAACCAUUCUUGGAGUUGAUCAGUUCAGAGAUUGAGACGACACUGUUGGAGGAUCCCAGUUAUUCAAGAGUGAUGGUCGUCGAUUGUGGAAAGCAUGUGUUUUUCAGGAUAAGUGUCUGCCAUUCAAGUUUAGGGGAACGUUCUUCUACGGAGAUUGAACUGAAAAAAGCCCAGUGGAGCGCUCUGUUUGAGCCAUAUCUAUUUUUUGAGGCAUACAAAAACUAUUUACAUGUCGAUAUAGUUGCCGCUGAUGCUGAUGCUGAUGAUUUGCUAGCUUGGAAGGGAUGGGUGGAGUCUCGGUUUAGACAACUUACCCUGAAGAUAGAAAGGGACACAAAUGGGAUGCUGCAGUGCCAUCCUUAUCCAAAUGAAUAUGUGGAUGCCUCCAAGCCGUGUCCGUAUUGUGCUUUCUUCAUGGGCUUGCAGAGGAAAGAGGGUGUUAGAGGUCAAGAAGGCCAGCAAUUUGAUAUACGUGGAACAGUUGAUGAGUUCAGGCAAGAUAUCAAUAUGUACAUGUUUUGGAAACCAGGGAUGGAUAUUUUUGUUUCUCACGUUCGUCGAAAGCAGCUUCCUGCUUUUGUUUUUCCUGAUGGUUAUAAACGUUCUCGAUUGUCAAGGCACGGAAGCCAGCAGGCUGAAAAAACUUGUGAAGAUGAUGUGGGGUGUUGGUCUGGGUCUGCUGAAAGACGUCUCAAGAGGAAAUAUGAUCCUGAAACGGUGGAUGUUAAGCCGGAAAAACCAGAGAAGCGAGUCUCUAUUAGCCCACAACCGCCAGAGUUGGUUACUCCAGAAAGUCGUACAAGUAGGUCUGGUGGAGUUUCUCAGGUCAGCUUCAGUGAAGGGGUUAAGAUUAGACUGUACGUUUAACUGGGCAUGUAGAUGGCAACUCUGAGGUUAAGUCAUCUGGUGGACUGUUCGGGAGUGAAGAGGGUAUCAUAGAAAAUCAUGUGCAGAUGGGUGAAACUGUUGUUAAUGACUCUGUCAACUUGACUGAGCAAGCUUUUGUAAGUUCAUAUAAUUUGCCAGAAGUUAGGAAUGAAGUAAUGGUAACUGAAGCAGUGGAGAAACCUGACAUGUAUUCCCAGAAUGGGGACAAAGUUGAGAUAGCUUACAUGGAGAGUGCGGAGACUGGAUCUACCUGCAGACUGCUGAAUUGGACGGAGGGUGCUGUUGAUGCUGAUCAAGAAGUGGCCAAACCAUGUAAUCAGACAAUAGGUAAAGAAAAUGCUUGA